AUGGUGGACUCCGGGCCCGGCGACGCCUCGACGACGAGGAAACCCUUCUCGGUGCCGGAGAUCCCCCCGCUGGACCGCUGCGACUUCAACCGGGCUAAGAUCCGCGCUAGCGUGCGUUGGCUGCUCUGCAAAUCUUACGGCGGUGCAGAAAAUGUGCCAGUGGAGUUGCGCGAGCCACUCUAUAAGGACCAGUAUGAUCAGGAGCACCUCAAGCCGGCAGUGGCCGAGCUGCUGGUCUCCCCGGAGAUCUACUGUCGAGCCGUGGCCUUGCUUCUCCGGGCCCGCGGCGUGCCCACCUCGGCCUCGCGGGAUGUGCCCUCCGACAACUGCUCCCUGCUGCAGUUCCUUACCAAAAAAGGCGUGGCCCCACAGGUCCAAGAUGUGGACGUUAGCGAGGAUGACCUCAGCUGCACUCCCGUCAAGAUGAACGCCCACCUGGCCGUGAUGGACUCGCUGAUGUCCCUGGCCGCCAGGGAGAUCGUAGACCGGGUCAAAAUGGCGGCCGAGGCCGGGCAAAUGGGUGUCGGGGCACCGUGGGAGAACGCGCUGCUCUUCUGGGUCAACAGGUUGAACCAGAAGUUGAGAGAAAGCACCGAGGAAGAAGAGACGCCCAAACAACCGCCGCCACCGAAUGCUGACCCGCAGCCCUCCCAGGAAACGGGUCCGCCCACCCGCUGGUACUGGAAGCUGGUCCCCCAUGCAAUCGCUUUUUGUUUGAAGGAGUCGGGGAACAAACCUCCAGUGAUCCGCUACAGGAAGGACAAAGUGCAGUCCAAGCUGACGCCCACCUUCCCGUUGGUCACCGCCGUCAAAGAUCUAUCUAAUGGUUGCGCUAUAGCUGCUGUGAUGCACUUCUACUGCCCCGGCGUGCUGCCUCUUGAGGAUGUUUGUCUGAAGGACACCAUGUCAGUGGCUGAUAGUCUUUACAAUUUGCAGCUGAUUAAAGAGUUUUGUGAGAACAGUUUGCAGAGUUGCUGCCUUCUUCCGCUCGAGGAUCUUCUCUAUGCUCCGCCUCUUUUACAUCUGAACAUCAUGAGCUUUGUAGCAGAAUUGCUAGAGUGGUUCGAGAUCAAGAAGCCGGAAUUUGUCCAACCGAUAGAAGCCGUCGAUCUCACAGACAUCUCAGGUUUAGUGUUUUGUACCAGUCCUGUCAGUGGGAACAGCAACAGCGGUUCUCCUUUGUUUGUCUUCAAACAACCUUUUGUGACCGUCUCCUCCCCUGUAACACAAGAAAACAAAAGCUGGACAAAGAAACAAAUCAGUCGUCCUCUGUCCGCAGUGACUUUCAGCAUCCCAUUUGGGCUGGACAGUGAUGUUGAUGUUGUCAUGGGCAACCCAAUAGAUUCUGUCUUUCGCUCUGUCAGCACGGACAGCCUGGCCGCCGGCAUCCCCGCGACGACCUUGCCUGCGGGGAUGACUCGGGUACCGUACAGCCCCCCCGAGGACCUCAGCCACCUGGUCAGCGCCUCGGCACCGUCUCAGCGGUCUUCCUGGGGACCUUAUACGCACUCGGCACCCUUGGGAGUGUUGCCCGCUGUUGAGGAGGCGGUACAAAUGACUCCUGGCGGUAAGGAACGCAAAAAGGAACGGACUGCAGAGAAAGGAGGAAAGGGAGUUUCGGCUGCAAGACCAGAGCCCAGGUUGUGUCCUGAGGGUGCCCCUGCUGGGUUUUUCCUGCACUCUCCAUUCGAGGACAAUCCUCAGCUCAGUAGCUCUGCGCCAUGUCGCUCGGGAGUCAUUUAUCGGCCAGUGGGCGGAGAGGCAAGUAGUAGUAGCGGUAGAGGGGAGAGGAAGGAGAGGCCAUCGCGGGCAACAGAUACGUCACGUGACGAUGACUCUGUCUUGCGAGACGGCAGCGUUGACUCGUCAGAAGCGUCUGACGAUACCCCCAGAAAUGCCCCUGGUAACAUGCGACCCAGUAAGAGUCAUCAGGGACACGACAGUGCCAACAACAGCCCACGUCUGACAAGCUUUGCAGAGCGACGGGAAAACAGAAGAAGGAAUCCCAUCGCUUCUGGGGAAGACUUCGCCACUACCCCGACACCAACGACCCCAGGAACUCCACGCACUCCGUGCACACCAGUAGGAACUCCGUGCCUCAAAGGUCCAGAGCCGGGUUCAGAAGCCUGGGAGCUGGGAGCUCGUCUGGAGGAAAAACGGAAAAGCAUCGAAGCUCAGAAGAGACGAAUUGAGGCCAUCUUCACUAAGCACAGACAGAGGCUCGGAAAAACAGCCCUCCUAAAAAUGAAACGAGAGCAAGGAGAGGGUGGGGGAGAGGCAAUGGAAGAGGAUAACCUCUCUCUGGAGGAGCGUCUCAGUCAGAUGGAGGCACAGCUGAAAAAGGAAGAAGAAAAGGAAAGAAAAGAAAAGGAAGAUGAAAAGGAGAAAGCCAAACCUUCCGUCUCAAACCCACCCCGGCUGGAAAAGCAGGUCACAUUUUCUAUCGACAGUAAGAAAGGACAAGAGAAAGAAAAAGCAUCAGAUAAAGAGACAGGAGGCGAUGUCCUAGUGGAGUAUAAUGAAAUUGUCCAGAAACUGAGUCAUGCUUUACAGUCACUACAGAAGGACAUGCAGAAACUAACUGAACAGCAGCAGCAACUUUUGGGGAACCAAAGACCUAGAAGCUCACAAAAAGUCACUCCAAAGCCAAAAGCUAAAAGCAGUACUAAGGCACCGGCCAAAACCCCGCCUGCCACACCCGCCAAGACUCCUCCAAGAACCCCGACCAAGAAUCCCGGCAUGAGCACCACCAAGGCAUGGAUGAUCCCCACAGGUUCCAAAACAUCCUCCGUGUCUUCGCCGUCCCGACGAACCCAUGCAGUCUCUGCGUCGACUUCGCCCAAAACAAUUGUCUCCUCAUCCUGUCCGGCCCCUCGCACCAAGAUCCACAUCUCAUCCGCUCCCCACAGUCCCAAGCACCAACCACGAACGCAACCUCAUCAGCGACCCUCAGAGCUGAAGUUUCCCCCUCUCAAUCGUGUUUUGACUCCAACUCACACUGUGGAUACACUACCCCACUUGCGCAGGGUUUCACCCAGCAAAUGUCAAGAUCAGACAUCGUCGUCCUUUCGCAUUGGUGGUCUUCGAACUCCUCAGGAGGUUCCUCAAACUGCGCCCCAAACUGAUGAUAGUACCUCAGACACCGCGUCCAGCGAGACCCCGACCCAGUUCAGCCUGGAGCUUGAGCAGGACGAUGCCGAGGCUUCCGCGGUGCCCAUACCGCCUCCCCCAAGGGCCACCAGUGGCAGUAGCUCCGGAGCUCCCUCCGAAUGCUCGUUUGAGAGCGAGACCUUAUCAAUUUCUGCUGCAUUCAGCACAGGACGAGACAAAGGUGAUGCUGCUCUUGCAGAGAAGAAUCUCAGUAUGAUCGAGGUGUCGCUCUCCUCCGUGGGAGGACCAGAGGGAGGUGCUGAUGAACCAACAGAUGAGGCUCAGGACUUUUCUUCUGACUCAAUGAGUGAGCAACUAGAAUCUGCGGCAGAGCGUGGCGUUGUAAUCACUUCCGACGCCACAGAGCAGUUGGACUCAGCCACAGAAGGCGGGAACCUUUCGGACCAACAAACGGAAUCCAGUGAAGGCCAGGCGAAGUUAGACGUUGCGGAACCGCUUGGAGAAAGCAAUGAACUUGGAGCCAGAGGAGGGAUAGGAUUCUUCUUCAAGGAGGAUGUCGACAACGAAGAGGAGAUGGCCCAGCGGAAAGCUUUGCUAUUGGAGAGGCAACAGAAGAGAGCUGAGGAGCUAAAGAGGAAACGACAAGAGCAGGAUCGCGAAAAAAGAUCUGAAUCUUCCGAGAAGACUUCCUCUCCCUCUAACUCACCUCAAGUUGGAAACACCUCUUCCUCUCCAACUCCUCCGACCACUCCAGCACGACGUGGAGAUUUCACAAGAGUGGAAUACGCCCGUCGGCAGCAGCUCCGGCUCAUGGACGACCUUGACAAGGUGCUGCAGCGGAAAUCUACCAACCAGGGGCGAUCGCCUGUGAGGAAGACACGGGCACGGCCUCGCAGCGUCACCAGGGAGGAAACCAAACUCUCUUUGAGCCCUGCCAAAAAAUCCACAGCCCCUAAAAUGACCAAGUCUCAUUCUUCACUCAACCUGACAGCCACAGAUGUGCCUGAAACCAGUGAUGCAGACAAGAAAGUCCAAAGCCGACCUGAUUCACCCGCCGGAUGCUUGACGCCAAGCCGACUUGCAAAGCAGAACGGAGACUGGGAAACUGGUUCGAAUGGAACCUCGCCUGCACCAGAAUACACAGGUCCAAAACUCUUCAAAGAACCAAGUUUCAAGUCGAAUAAGUUCAUCAUCCACAAUGCACUGUCUCGUUGCUGCUUGGCUGGGAAGGUUAACGAAUCCCAGAAAAACAAGAUCGUUGAGGAGAUGGAGAAGAGCCCCGCCAACCACUUCCUCAUCCUCUUCCGGGACGCCAGCUGCCAGUUCCGUGGGGUCUACACGGCCAACCCCGAAUCCACAGAGCUGGUGCGCUUGACCGGCGUCGGCCCUAAGACCAUAAACUCGUCCCAGGUGGAAUCCAUGUACAAGUACAGCUCGGACCGGAAGCAGUUCAGCACCAUCCCUUCUAAGACCCUUGGCAUGAGUGUAGAUGCGUUCACCAUCCCUGGACAUCUAUGGCACGGUGGGGCAGCGGCAGCUGCAGGAGGUGGGGGCAGCAGAAGGGCGAGCGUCACCAAGAAAGCGCUCGUUUCCAAGUGA